AUGUAUUUCCCACCACCACCACCACCACCACCACCACCACCACCACCACCACCACCACCACCACCACCACCACCACCACCACCACCACCUCCUCCAGGAGAGGACAGUAUAGGUGCUAGGUCAGAGAGUGUAGUGGAUGAGCGGGGCACCGGGUUUGAGGUAUUUCUUCAGAGUGCAUUUCGCCAAGGGCAACUUAUAAUGCCAUAUGGAAAAACAUGCACCGGCUGCAGGGCGGAAUACUCUUGUCCGUUUUGCGUUUCGGGUCCGGUCUGGAGCAUGGGGACAGUCUUACUGACAGAUGAAAACGAGACCGGGAAGGCCAUUUUUGUCGCUGCUGCGGCCGCCGCCAGUCAGUAAGGGGAUUCAAUUUGAUAACGACUACUCAACUCCCCUAUCCGACUUGUCUUGGAGGAUCUAUUCAACGUUAAGUUCUUUUCUCGUUCUAUUCCUCAUCAUAAAGAGAACACUAAUACUAGUGGGACAACUAGAUAAUUACGGAUGAUUUGUAUCAAAUCCCUUUUAGUGGGCCCUAGAAUGGUCCCAAUAUCCUUAAAAUAAUCUCGACUUAUAACUAGAAAGCCUCGCUAGAAGUCGUGGUUUUGAAGGCUGCAGCUGACAAGUCCUCCUUUAAACUUGGUCAGACGGUGGCGGUUUAUUCUGCAUGUAGUCCUUAUGGAAACCCUCCUCGGUGAAAGAUCUUGGACCACUAUCCGAAGUCUGGUUUGUGUGUGAAUUGGUGGUGCCAUGCUUCAACUGGCGCUUGCUGGGAUGUUGCGACCGUAGUCCAAAACGCACAGAUAUACGACAUGGAGUCUUGCGUCUGGCAAAUAUACGAGCAGCCGGAACCUACACCUCGCAAGUCCACUAUACCGUCAUCCCAGGAUGGACCGAUAACCCACUGCGCUCGCUUCAUUUACACACAAAAAGGGGGGGAGGGGUAAGGAGAGACGAUCACAGACGUUAGAUGGGAACUUCACUUCAUGCUUACCGCUGCGCCCUACUUCACCUCCAGUCGACUUGGCUCCGAUAGGCCACUGUUGUCCGGGCAAGUGAAGUCGAUACGGCACCGGCAGUCGUGCCAGCUGAGGGGUUGACUCGAUCCUGCAGAAAACUGAAGGUUAGGUUGUAAUAACCCCUUCCUCAAACUUACCUGCGAUCUCAGACUACCCUAAGGGCGCUUGGCACGCGUGACGUUGGUGGAAGGUCGCGUGUGGGACGCGUAGACGGCACGUUUGAACUUCUUAGUCCCCGCUUCCACACAUGCCUUCUGUCGUCUUCUCUCCUGCAUUUCAUGGGAAAAUGAGGAGUGAGUGAGGCAGAUGCAUCGAAAGUCCGCUUCUUGAUGAAAAAAUUCACGUGGAAGUCACUACUGUACCUACCUUGUGGGGAAAUGGCAAACCAUAUCCUCUGCGACGGUUGGACUAUCGUCGUGCAACGACCGGCGCCAACUCACGGUAACCGUCAGCAAUACCAAAACCGCGGCAGUAAACUAAUUCUCUCAUCUGGAUAGUCCUAUCCCACAAACCAUCAAGGCCGACAAUGAAGUUUAAUCCCAGAUUUCUAAAACGAGUCAUAUUUUGGCAGCUCACGACACUCGCGGGGGGGGACUGUUGUUGUAUCGUCUUCAACAUGAAACUUCUGGCAUUACGGCGCGGAAGGCUUUGGAACGUAGCAAAGCCCAGCAGUGAGACCGAAAUUCAAUUCCAUCUAAGUUGUCCUCGAAAGGUAUUGAGAGUUAUGUUAUCAGAACGGAUUCCGGAGUCCCAGAUUCUGGAGUAAAGUGUCAAUACUACGGUUAACCUAUUGUAAGCAUGGGUGCUGCUUGCAUGCCUACGAGGUCGAUGCUACGGGCGCCCGCAGACAACCUAGGGAAAAUCGGAUGUACAAAGCCUUUUGAAGGGCCCCCUAAGAUAACCAGGAGACCUAAAAAACGUUUCCGCAGGACCGACGUUCAGGGCCAGCAAUUGGCCAAACUUGAAUGACAAUAUUUUCGAAAGAGCCGGACGCCAGUGACCGAGACAAAAGGAAUCGCAGCCAAUGCCUACCCGCUGUCAAUAUGUCCCCACUGCUAACGUUCGUUUGAAACCCGAAUUACCUUUGUAGGAGACCCUUGGAUCCGCCGUACACGACAAAGUAUCAUCAGCCUUCCGUCUGCUUUCACUGUAACAUAACCUUUCCGUUUCGGUUUGCCUUGGCCGGACACCUUCGUAGUCACUAGAAGAACUGACAUCACCUGGCCACACAGAGACAGACGUUGCCAUGUCACCAUUUUGGCCGUGCAUUCCGAUCCCGUAUGGGUUACCUGACUGGGUCGAAACCCAUCUUCCACGCCUGUGCGUUUAGCCACCGCACGGACUUAUUCGGUCCUACAUACACGCGCGCGGUAACGAUCACUACAAUAUCACCCGUCACUAAUGCUAACGCUGUCCCCACGCAUUCAAUCGCCGCAUGGAUUUUUGCGGUCGAGUGCAUGCUUAUUGAAGCCAUUUAUCAUUCCUGCCUCCAGUCUGCUCUGCAGGUUGCCGAGGUCAGUGAUGAAGGCUGGCCUAUUACGUGUAUAUGUGUGUAUGUGUGUCCGCGUGGCAUGCGGCAGGCGGACAGGCCACGAGGCUGCCGGUAGUCGGGAUAACUUCGUCCUCUUUUGGAACUAGAUCCAGACUCACGUGUGUGGGGCGUGCAGCCGGGCUGUUUAACUCUGUCUGGCACUGCAACAUCACCCAUCCGCCAGUCCUGUUUUGUCGCUAGGACACAGUAGGUGUGGGAGGAAUGAGGUGAGGCAGCUGCUGCACAAUUUCGUCCCACCGCAAAUUGUCCCUGCGUCUACCUUGUGGAGUAAUGAUUGAUCUCGCCGUUUGCAGCUGUCGAAAUGUCCUCACCGCCUUUGUUUAAUUGGCUGGGAUCGGCCGGUGUAACCGCUAUGUUUUAAGUUCCAACUUCCCAAUCGAUCAGAGUGCUUCGGGGAGGGGAGUUAACGACAGGAGCGAAAACUUUAUAAUCAAUCAGUCACGCCGAUAUCUUCAACACCACUCGUUUUCUUCGUCUUUUUUGCAAACGUUUUUUUGAAAAAGCCCUCCAUUCCUUUCCUGCAUUGAUUACUAAGGCGCCUUGUCGUCUUGCAAAGAACCUAGUUUUGCCUCCACAGUAGAAGUACGGCAGAGCAUUCUUGAAGAAGGAGGUCUCCUUCCUCACGACUGCCUCCUGGGGCUCGUCUCUUCGCUUCUGUUGGCAGAGCACUCUAGUUUUUAAUAAGACUAGGUUUGCUUGCACACAUUGGGAGGGACUUUUGUCGGUCGAUUUAAAUUGCAUCCUCCGUCGCACCCAUCUCAGACCACAUAGAAAUGGGCGUAUUCCGACUUUUCAAAAAGUUUACCCCGUCAAAACAUUCAGCAGUGACAGGUCCUGGAGCUAUGAGCUGGUAUACGGACGGACAGUUACGCCAUGGCUCUCGGCCCAACCCACCAAACUCCUACACCUUUUUCUCGAUAACUCACCUCCUUCCUUGCAAACUCUUCUUCUUCCUUGGCUUUAUUCUGUUGCCCAUUUUUGGGCAAAAUUGAGCAAAAUACACCACCCGUUACCUCGCAAUCCUCUGCUUCUUUCCUCAGUUCUUCUUUUUUGCAGGCUUUUUAGACAUUAAAAUAAGUGGAACUGACCCCGCAGAUUGUUUCCUCUGCUGACUGAGUUCGGAAUUUUUCUCACGCGGUAAAGCAAGCAGGCCCAGCCGCUAACCGUUUUCAACUCAUAACGAUUUCCCGGCUUGUAGUUGUUAAUGAGCUCAACACGCCGUCACCCUUUCCGAAAUAUAUAUAUAUAUCCUAUUGUCGAUUGUCUGUUGCUUGCUCUCUCUAUCUCUCUGGGUCAAACGGUCAGGGAGCUUGGUGUGGACUGCAUGUAUAAGGGUUUUUAUUAGGACUCUGAACAUAAGGACGUAGUCUUCAGAUUAAGUAUUCCACUAAUGCGUGCUAGGUCCUCUGUGUGCUUGCCCAACAUAAUGUGCCAAGCAGGCCAGUAUUCGAGUUGUCAGGCCAACCUUGUGAACUAGUAGUGUGUGUGAGUGUUUAAGGGAGGAUUGCCUAGUGUUUGCAAAGAUAUGCGUAUUCACGUUAGCCAUAUACUAAAUCCAUCCUCCGAGGACGCAAUGUCCCAUCGUCUUCUUUAUGCGGUUUUCACCCUGAUAACUUUUAUUGGGGGACUUCUAGUCUGCCGCCUUCUUUUUGAAGAAGUCGCAGUACGCCACACACUUGUCCUCUAUGUUUGAAAUCAUUAGGAAAGUCGGAGAAACGCAACCGCUGACGGGGUGGAGGAGAAUUGUGCUUUAGGAGUAUUGUGGGAAAGCACAGGGCUAGCGCAAAACCAUUGUGGGGGGUAUUUCAACAUGAUUUGAAAUGGUACUGAAGCUAGUAAAGACAGAUGUCACAGGGCAAAUGAUUGUAUACCAAGAACCCUCUAUGAAAGAGAAGAAGAAGAAGAAGAAGAAGAAGAAGAAGGAGAAGAAGAAGAAGAAGAAGAAGAAGAAGAAGAAGAAGAAGAAGAAGAAGAAGGAGAAGAAGAAGAAGAAGAAGAAGAAGAAGAAGAAGAAGAAGAAGGAGAAGAAGAAGAAGAAGAAGAAGAAGAAGAAGAAGAAGAAGAAGAAGAAGAAGAAGAAGAAGAAGAAGGAGAAGAAGAAGAAGAAGAAGAAGAAGAAGAAGAAGAAGAAGGAGAAGAAGAAGAAGAAGAAGAAGAAGAAGAAGAAGAAGAACGAAUAUUGA